UUCGUUUGACAGCCAUAUCUCCUUGAACUCAUUCUAACAACUUAAUGUUUUAAUGUUUUCAGUCUCGAUGGAAGUGAAAGAGCAAAGACAAAAACUGAAGUGAAAGGUGGUGAUGCUGUAGUUUGUUUCAGCCUGUUGACACCAAUAAAACGAUUUAAUGUGCCAAUUUACUGAAGAUGCAGACAUCACCAUAAUGAAUGAGCUGAAAACAGGGAACUUUUGGAGACAAAGAGGUUUUUCAGCUGCUCAGUUAAACAUGAUGGCCCUGUACUUUUUAAAUGCAGAUUGGAUAAAAACACAGUGAUCGCAGUUCACACCUGCAGUGAAGCCCCUCCCACAACAAUUCACCAAUAAAUACAGGGAAUAUUUCCAUCAUCCUACAAGAGAAGGACAAACUCCAGGAGUAGCAGCUGACAUCUGUGUGACUGUUGAAGGUAAAGAGGAGAUUGAAGACACGAGUGAUCCAGAACCAUCCAGAAUAAAACAUGAAGAUACUGAGGAACAAAAAGGUGAGAGUAAAAGGGCAAAGACAAGAACUGAAUGAAAUGCAGGAGGAACAUCGUAACGUUACAAUUAAAAAAACAAAAGCCAAAAAGACACACACCUGCACUCAUUGUGGAAAGAGUUUCAUACAUAAAGGACACUGUAACAGACACAUGAGAACUCACACUGGAGAGAAACCGUACGAAUGUACUCAGUGUGGGAAGUGUUUCACAAGUAAAGGAGACCUUAACAAGCACAUGAGAAUUCACACUGGAGAGAAACCGUAUACAUGCACUCAGUGUGGAAAGAGUUUCAGAGAUGCAUCAUGUCUCAGUGUUCAUCGGCUCAUUCAUUCUGGAGAAAAGCCAUUUAAUUGUGAUCAGUGUGGUAAAGAUUUUAUGUCAUCACCACAACUAAAAUCACACCUGAAAGUUCAUUCAGACGAGAAGCCUUAUGUGUGUCCUCUCUGUGGAAAGAGUUUUUUAUGGCUUUACAAUUUUAAACAGCACCAGAAAACACACAAUCAAGUGAGAGAUUAUAUGUGCUUUGACUGUGGGAAAAGUUAUACUACAUCUCGUGAUCUGAAACGGCACCAAAGAAUUCAUACUGGAGAAAAACCUUACAAGUGCUCACAUUGUGACAAGAGUUUCACUAUGUCUGGAAACCUGAAAUCUCACGAGCGAGUUCACACUGGAGAAAAACCUUACAAGUGCUCAUAUUGUGACAAGAGUUUCACUCAGUCUGGAAACCUGAAAUCACACAUGCAAGUUCACACUGGAGAGAAGCCGUACGACUGUACUCAGUGUGGGAACAGUUUCAAAUAUUCAAGAAGUCGAGUGACUCAUAUUAGAAAGCAUUGUUCUGCGUCACAGUGAGCAAAUGUUUUGCCAUUCGAUUCACAUUAAGUAAAUGUGUAGUUAGUUCACUAAUAAACUAGUGUUGCUGUGAAAUGCCACAAGAUUUGUGUUUUAUAUGUUGGAGAACAAUAAAAUGAUUGAAAAUUGUCAUUCAACGCUUACUCAAA